AUGCAGGACUAUAAGGAUUCCCUUUCAAUAGGUUUGGCUUUUUUAGUUCAAGCUACUCCUUCGUGGUAUCGCCCCGAAACACAAAAGAAAAAACGCCGAGAUGUUGUUUCCUUGUUGUCUCAACAGCCCCUACUCAACAAAGGGGACCUCCAGGGUCGCCUUGCUCCUGGUUUCUGGGGGAAGGCAAACGCGGCACCUGAAUGCCCAAACGGACGCAGCCCCAUUGGAUCAGAUCGACCGUACUCCUCCGUCUCUUCUCCCCCCGGCAGUGACAAAUCAUCGUCCACGCCCUCCUCUUCCACUCCCAGUAUAUUCUGUUCCAGAACGUCGUCUUCGGAUCUCCCAGCAACUGCAAGCGGCGAUUCGAGGACGUCGAGUAGUGGUCAUUCAUCUCGCUGCAGCGUGCCCCCGGAACUUUCCCGCGAGGAUUGUGUCCGCUCAAAACUGAGAGUUGCCGCGCUGCUAGCCGAUUCGCAGAGGAUGUAUCGGCUCGAGGUUGUGCAACAGCCGAAAGUUGCUUCAGAGUUUGGCACGAGCAACCUCAAGCGAUUGCCAAUUACCCCUCCGAUAAUUGUGCGGCUGGACAUACAAGACAGCAUGGGUAAACCCCUCACACCGGAUGAGGAACUCCCCUUCCUCGUAGCGCAUCUCUCACUCUAUACCGAAGACGGAACCCAGUCCUUGGACCAAGGUUCCCAACUCGGUCCACAAAACCAAGAAACCCUCCUCUACGGAGGCCUGAUCUCUGUUAAUGGCCAGGGGAAUGUGAGAGUCGCGGAGACUGGAACGCCUUUGUGUCAUGUGCGUACUGCGCCUUUUGGGGUUGUAGCGCGGUCUGAGUAUGUUGCGGCUGCAGGGUGCGCGUAUUGA